CUACUUCGUACUUGCGCCUUUCCAAAUUCCCGCCAGCGGCCAUACGCUAUAUCUGUUGCUGACGUUGAGCACUUGUUAAUGAAUUGCCAUGGACAUAAUUAGAAGUACGGCUGUCGUCUCUUCACCUUUACUUAUGCUUCCUAAUCGCUUGCUGCGCAGAGACAAUGGCAAACGACGUCAGCUGGUUACACGCUUUUGUGCUUGUAGCCCUGCUGAGGUUUUGUCUUUGUCAAGAUGGUAUGCGUCUAAACAUCAGUUUACCGGAUUAUGUUGACUUGUACAAGCCCAUGGACUAUGCAGUCAUCGGUCAGCAGAAAUGCGGUACGAGCACUCUGUGGAAUGUCAUGACAAGGAGCCCGUUCAUCAAAUGGGUUAGCAAGAAAAAGGAAACCUUCUACUUCCAGGGCCCCGCGGGGAAGACCCUGUGCGAUCAUGACGUGGCGGGAUACCAGGCCCUAGUUGCCGUACAACGGGACACGUUCGGCAACCAACGUGUGCGGUACAGGACCGCCAACGGUGAUUUUGUGUUGUACGAAGUGCCGUACGAUCAGCUGCGUGUGGGGGACUGGUCCACCUCGCAUCUGUCCUGCCUCUGCUGCCCGCUGUCGCUAAAGUCACUGAAUCCAAAGAUGAAGCUCAUCGUGGUGCUUCGCGACCCCAUUCAGCGGUUCAUCAGUCGCUUCCACGAGCAGCAGAGCAGCCGCAGCCUGCCGUACAAUAGAAUGGUGAGGGACCGCACCCUGCC